GUCCACACUAAAGGGUUGUCAUGAAUCAUGGCCGAGAAAAACGUUCGUCCGGCAUGAUAGCAACAUGUUGACUGACAUCAUCAUAAUUUAGGCUGGACGGUGUGCCGCGAGUCAAGAAACAGCGCAGAAUUUGCUAAACUGUGGUUAGGGUUUCCUAUUCUGGCCAUAUCAACGGGAUGCAUGAAGUCCCAUCCAAACUUUUCCCAAGCCAUGGACCAGUCAGAUCCGAGCCCGCCGUUCCCCGUGGAGUACUUUCUCCACUCGAUCCCACAUGGUUUGUGAGGAAUGUGGGGGUUCUUCCAGAAUUUCUCGGUAUUGCUUGCAAAUAUGGAGGGGAUGCUGUAUGACGGCAGGGAACCGAGAACUGUUCGGGCAUGCCGUGAUCGGUCGGCUAAGAAAUGCUCCUGCGAUCCCGGGGUCAUCACGGAUCCAGAGUCGGAUGCUGGACGGCGGAUAUAAAAUGAGGAUUUUCUGCGUGACCCUUCGUCUCCAGGCGCAGUUUUCUCUUAUUUUAAUUCGCGCCCAUUUUACCCGUUAACAAAAUGGUAGCGUCCUUACUGAGACUGACGGUCCUGGGGACUCUGGCAGUACAGGCCGUCUGCAAGACUGUAAAUACAUCGUCCCUCUUGACCUACCAGGAUAGACCGCGGGUGUUUAUCUUAUCGGAUAUCUCGAAUGAGCCGGACGACCAGGAGUCCCUGACGCGGUACCUCCUCUACUCUAACCAAUUCAAAACUGAGGGUCUCGUCGCAUCGACGUCCACUUGGCUCAGAGAUGCAGUCCACCCGGAGGAUAUGCUGCAGGUGAUCAACGCCUAUGGCAAUGUCACCGAUAACCUCAACAAGCAUGCUCCCCCGAAUGCUCAGUAUGCCUCUGGAGAUUACUUCCGCAGUAUCCUGCGCAGUGGCCCCGCGACCUAUGGCAUGAAAGCCGUGGGAAGCAACGUCACGCUCAGCGACGGCGGAAAGCUGCUUCUCGAACGUCUUCAGUCUCCCUCCCAGAAGCCCCUUUGGGUUCUCGCUUGGGGUGGUACGAACGUUCUGGCCCAGGUGUUGUAUAAAAUCCACCAGAACUCCUCAUCCGAAGAGGCGGCUGCUCUUCGUUCCAAGCUGCGCGUGUAUGCCAUUUCCGACCAAGAUGACACGGGUUCCUGGAUCCGUCGGACCUACCCAGACAUCUUCUACAUUUCGUCCACGCACGGAUGGAACCAAUACGGUCUCGCAUCCUGGAUCGCCAUCUCCGGCGAGACGUACUACGGUAAGGAUGAGGGUGGUCCUAACAGCACCACCGUGACACAUGAGUGGCUGCGCGACAACAUCCAGAUUGGACCCUAUGGUAGUGUGGCGUACCCCGAUUUCAAGUUUAUCAUGGAGGGCGAUACUCCUACAUUCCUGUACCUGAUCCAGAAUGGUCUGGGCGACUCGGAGAACCCCGGCUAUGGAUCUUGGGGUGGAAGAUAUACCAAGGUGGACCCCUCGACGGCUGUGAACUACAACCACUACAGCGAUGCAGCGGAUCGUGUGGUGGGUCUCAACAACAAGACUUUCAGCUCCAACUAUGCUACUAUUUGGAGAUGGCGGGACGCUUACCAGAACGAUUUCGCCGCUCGCAUGCAGUGGACCCUCCCGGCGAACGUUAGCCAGGCGAACCAUCACCCCGUUGUCUCUGUCAACGGAAGCAAGCAACUGGCUCCAUUCAAGAUGACGGCCCAGGCAGGCUCGACGAUUAACCUCGAUACCGCUGGCACCUAUGAUCCAGAUGGCGAUAGGUUGUCGUACAACUGGUUCCAAUACCAAGAGCCCGGUUCCGAUGACUGGAACGUGGCAGGACAGGUCCCUGCAUUGAACCUGACUACCGCGAAGAAUGGCCAGCAGGUACAGGUGGCGAUCCCUGCUUCCGAGGACAGCUGCAAUGGAAAGGGAGAUAACCCCUCUGGCUGUUGGCUGUUGCAUUUGGUUUUGGAGGUCAAGGAUAACGGUGUUCAUCCCUUGACAACUUACCGUCGGGUGCUCAUCCAGACUACUAACCAGACGAUCGCUGCGUGAUACAUUGGUACCGACGCAUAGACCCUGUAACUCUAGC